AUGGAUAGUGGCGGCAACUCGCUGGCGUCCGGACCUGAUGGUGUGAAGAGGAAAGUUUGCUAUUUCUAUGACCCAGAGGUCGGAAAUUACUACUAUGGCCAAGGUCACCCCAUGAAACCCCACCGCAUCCGCAUGACCCAUGCCCUUCUCGCUCACUACGGUCUCCUCCAGCAUAUGCAGGUUCUCAAGCCCUUCCCUGCCCGCGACCGUGACCUCUGCCGCUUCCACGCUGAUGACUACGUCUCCUUUCUACGCAGCAUUACCCCUGAAACCCAGCAAGAUCAGAUUCGCCAACUCAAGCGCUUCAAUGUUGGUGAAGAUUGCCCCGUCUUUGACGGCCUCUAUUCUUUUUGCCAGACCUAUGCCGGUGGCUCUGUUGGUGGCUCUGUCAAGCUUAACCAUGGCCUCUGUGAUAUUGCCAUCAACUGGGCUGGUGGUCUCCAUCAUGCUAAGAAGUGCGAGGCCUCUGGCUUUUGCUAUGUCAAUGAUAUCGUCCUAGCUAUCCUAGAGCUCCUUAAGCAGCAUGAGCGCGUUCUGUAUGUCGAUAUUGAUAUUCACCACGGGGAUGGAGUGGAGGAGGCGUUUUACGCAACUGACAGGGUCAUGACUGUCUCUUUCCAUAAAUUUGGGGAUUACUUUCCAGGUACAGGCCAUAUACAGGAUAUUGGUUAUGGAAGUGGAAAGUACUAUUCUCUCAAUGUACCACUGGAUGAUGGAAUUGAUGAUGAGAGUUAUCAUCUGUUAUUCAAGCCGAUCAUGGGAAAAGUGAUGGAAAUUUUCCGACCAGGUGCCGUGGUAUUGCAAUGUGGUGCUGAUUCACUGUCUGGCGAUAGGUUGGGAUGCUUUAAUCUUUCGAUCAAAGGUCAUGCUGAGUGCGUCAAAUUUAUGAGAUCUUUCAAUGUUCCCCUACUGCUCUUGGGUGGUGGUGGUUACACCAUCCGCAAUGUUGCACGUUGCUGGUGCUACGAGACUGGAGUUGCCCUUGGAGUUGAAGUUGAUGACAAGAUGCCGGAGCACGAAUAUUAUGAAUACUUUGGUCCAGACUAUACACUUCAUGUUGCUCCUAGUAACAUGGAAAAUAAGAAUUCUCGCCAGAUGCUUGAAGAGAUUCGUAAUGACCUUCUCCACAAUCUCUCUAAGCUUCAGCAUGCUCCAAGUGUGCCAUUUCAGGAAAGGCCACCAGAUACAGAGGCUCCUGAGGUAGAUGAAGAUCAAGAAGAUGGAGACAAAAGAUGGGAUCCGGAUUCUGACAUGGAUGUAGACGAUGACCGUAAACCUAUGCCAAGCAGAGUUAAAAGAGAAGCUGUUGAACCCGAUACAAAGGACAAGGAUGGACUGAAAGGUGUUAUGGAGCGUGGGAAAGGUUUUGAGGCAGGGAUGGACGAGGGUGGAAGCACAAAGGUUACAGGAGUAAACCCAGUGGGAAUGGAGGAAGCAAAUAUGAAAAUGGAAGAGGAAGGAACAAGCAAGGCUGUGGCGGAUCAGGUGUUUCCUCCCAAAACAUAA